AGGCGCGGGCCGCGGGCAAUCAUAGUCAUAUCCGUUUCGGUACCGAGCCGGAGCGGAGCACUGCUAGCCGACUGAGCCGAGCCCAGCCGAGCCCAGCCCGUCCAGUGUGUCGCGGGGUGCCGUGUCAAUCGCGAGUCCGAGUCGGGACGAGUCGAGUCGAGUGCGUGCGCAGCGUGUGCCGCGGCCUUUACUUUGGAUUACUUUGGCCCGGAAACAUGUGGCCGUCAGACCCCCGGUACCAGAAGGCGAUCCGCGCCGAGAUGGACGUCAACAAGAUGAACAACAAUGACCUGUCCAUGUGCAAGUCGGACAAGCUGGACGAGGAGCUGCUCAAGCUGCCGAACCGCAUCUCGGAGACGUUCGUCGGCCACAACAUCUUCGUGACGGGCGGCACCGGCUUCAUGGGCAAGGUGUUCGUCGAGAAGGUGCUGCGCAAAACCCCCGACGUCGGCGGCAUCUACCUCCUCAUCCGCAACAAGAAGGGCAAGGACCCCAAGGAGCGCCUCAAGGACGUCUUCGCCAACCCGCUUUUCAACCAGGUGAAGGAGGAGCAUGGCAAGGACAUCCUGGAGCGCAAGGUGCACCCCAUCCUGGGCGAUGUCACGCUGCCCGACCUGGGGGUCUCCCCCGCCGACCGGCAGUUCCUGGCCGAGAACAUCACCAUCGUGUACCACAUGGCCGCCACGAUCCGCUUCGACGAGAAGCUCAAGAAGGCCGUCAUGCUCAACACGCGCGGCACCAAGCUCAUCCUGCAGCUGGCCAAGGAGAUGAAGAAGCUCCAGUUCUUCGCCCACAUUUCCACUGCCUACUGCCACCUCAACGAGCCGGUGCUGUACGAGAAGCCGUACCCGCCGCCCGCCGACCCGCACAACAUCAUCAAGUGCAUGGAGUGGAUGACCGACGAGGUGGCCGAGUCCAUGACCAAGAAGAUCCUCGGCAACCUGCCCAACACGUACGCCUACACCAAGGCCCUGGCCGAGCACCUGGUCGUCGAGCAGAUGGACAGCCUGCCCAUAGUCAUCAUGAGGCCUUCGAUCGUGGUGCCCAUCUGGAAGGAGCCCCUGCCCGGCUGGACCGACAACAUCAACGGCCCCACCGGGCUGCUCAUCGGCGCGGGCAAGGGCGUCAUCCGGUCCAUGUACUGCGACUCGGACACCUACGCCGACUUCCUGCCCGUGGACAUCGCCGUCAACGGCAUGAUGGUCGCCACCUGGAACUACAUCAAGCUGGGUGACCGUAACAGGCGGGUCUGCCACAUGACCUCCUCCUCCGAGAUCAAGCUCUCGUGGUCGGAGAUCGUGGAGCUGGGCCGCGGCAUCGUGGAGAACGUGGUCCCCCUGAACGGCGUGGCGUGGUACCCCGGGGGCUCCCUCAAGAGGAGCAGGACGUACCACAGGAUCUGCGUCUUCUUCUUCCACUGGGUGCCGGCCUACAUCCUGGACGUGUUCAUCUGGCUGUCCGGUAACGAGCCCGUGCUGAAGCGCGUGCAGAACAGGAUCGAGAAGGGCUUCGAGGUGUUCGAGUACUACGCCAACAACCAGUGGGACUUCAAGAACGAGUCGGCGAUCUACGUGCGGCCCCUCAUGAACGCGAGGGAGCGGCGCGAGUACAAGGUGGACGGCGACGGCAUCGACUUCCAGCAGUACUUCACGGACUGCGUCAAGGCGGCCAGGGUGUACAUCCUGAACGAGCCGCCAGAGACCAUCCCCGCGGCCAGGCGGCAUAUGCGAGUGAUGUACUUCGUGGACUGGAUCGCCCACAUCCUGUUCUGGUACUUCGUGGUGUACCUGCUGACGCUGUGCUCGUCCACCGUGCACGACGCCAGGGAGCAGGUGUUCGGCCUGGUGGGCGGCGGCUUCCGCAGCAUCCUGGGCUCCAGCGACAGUGUGGCGGCCUCGACGGGGGCGCCCGCGGCCCCAGUGCCCAUGUCCGACUUCUAGCGGUGCCGCCGCGGCGCAGUCGAAGAAAACGACGCAACCAAUUCUCCUUCCGAAGUGUUGGCAAGGUUUGCAUCAGAGUGGCUAGUGAACUUGGCGAGUUUGUAGGCGAGAGGCGAAGGGGGUACCCACACCACCGUGUUUGUGGCCGUCUUCGAGAUCUUUAAGGUGCUAUCAAGCUAAAGAAUACCUCUUGGAACACCCAUCUACCCCACUGCGGUGAUCGAAUGCAGCUCAAAAACAACGUGUUCGUUCAUCCAAGACCCACACCGGUGGGUAGUUUGGCUUGCCCUGUACUCAGGGAAGUCACAAUAUUUUUUGUGAUUCUACAUUUUAUACAAAUCGGGGAGUGAGUUGUGCUCAGACUCCCUGAGAUGGGUCAUGGGUUGCUCAUAGUACAUGUACGAAGAGAGAUAUGUCAAAUGACUGAAUAUAUCCUCAUCCUCAAGAUACUGUUAGGGUAUGUUUAAGACUGGAUUUAUAGAGAUAAAACUCGCUAUCAUUUUUACAUGGGUAAAGUACAUUGUUGGGUACAUUUUUUAUUCCACAUCAAGAGUGUAGUCAAUAAUCAAUGAUAUUUGGACCAAUAAUUAUGUUACCAAAUAAAUUCAGGAAAUAAAUAGGACCUGUCACAAAAAGUCCUGCGAAGCUUUCCGGAUAGGUUUUCACUAAAUUUGUUUCUGUAGAAAAAAAUUCUUGGGUGCUUAUGUUUAUGUUAAUCCCUUCAUGAUUACUCAAAUCAUUAAUGAUUGUUUAAAAUUCUUGUUUAGACUUUAAUGUUAUAGUCUCGUUAAGUUUAUAUGUUUGAAUUUAAAAAAUGAAUGAUUUUUGAAAACAA